CGUUGCUCCACCGCUCACAUCCGCUUGACUCGCUAUCUGUGUUGGAAAAAAGGACUUUGUGAAACUGCAGCGAUGUCAGUCCAGGUUGUGGCAGCGAAAAUGGCAGAGGUCGAGCUCAAAGACGUCCCCACCGGCAAAGACUUACCGGCUGAAUCCCCAAUGACACCGACCUCGGAGGGCAAAACCCUCGCCAGAAACGACCCACACGAGGCCGGUUUCUCUGCCGCUGCGUCCCUUGCAGCGGAGCCCUCCUCCGCUAAAGCCGGGGAAGGGAGCCCGGGUUUGCUCACCCCGAACCCCCCGAAGAUGCCGCAGGCGUCGGCUAUGAAGCGGACGGACCCGCAGCAGAACGGCGGAGAGGCUUUUGUCAACCGGGACGGCACCGUCGCCGAAGCACCUCGAAUGAAAAAGCAGAUCCAGUUCGCCGACCAGAAACAGGAGUUCAACAAGCGUCCCUCCAAGAUCGGCCGACGCUCUCUGUCCCGCUCCAUCUCCCAGUCCUCCACAGACAGCUACAGCUCAGCGGCGUCAUACACGGACAGCUCUGAUGAUGAGACGUCUCCUCGGGACAAACAGCAGAAGAACUCCAAGGGCAACGGAGACUUCUGUAUCAAAAACAUCAAACAGGCUGACUUCGGACGCAGAGAGAUUGAGAUUGCAGAGCAAGAGAUGCCAGCCCUGAUGGCUCUGAGGAAGCGAGCCCAGGGGGAGAAACCCCUCGCUGGUGCCAAGGUGGUGGGCUGCACCCACAUCACUGCCCAGACUGCUGUGCUGAUGGAGACUCUGUCAGCUUUGGGGGCUCAGUGUAGAUGGGCAGCCUGCAACAUCUACUCCACCCAGAAUGAAGUGGCAGCUGCCCUGGCAGAGGGAGGUUUCAGUGUGUUUGCGUGGAAGGGCGAGUCAGAGGACGACUUCUGGUGGUGCAUCGAUCGCUGUGUCAACGUUGAAGGCUGGCAACCCAACAUGAUCUUGGAUGACGGUGGAGACCUGACUCACUGGAUCUAUAAAAAAUACCCCAACAUGUUCAAGAAGAUCAAGGGCAUCGUAGAGGAGAGCGUCACCGGUGUGCACAGGUUGUACCAGCUGUCCAAGGCGGGGAAGCUGUGCGUCCCAGCCAUGAACGUCAACGACUCAGUGACCAAGCAGAAGUUUGACAACCUCUACUGCUGCAGGGAGUCCAUCCUAGACGGCCUGAAGAGGACCACUGACGUCAUGUUCGGAGGCAAACAGGUGGUGGUGUGUGGAUACGGAGAGGUGGGAAAAGGCUGUUGUGCCGCCCUCAAAGCGAUGGGCUCCAUCGUCUACGUCACAGAGAUCGACCCCAUCUGUGCCUUGCAGGCCUGCAUGGACGGCUUCCGGCUGGUAAAGCUCAAUGAAGUCAUCAGACAAGUGGACAUCGUCAUCACCUGCACAGGCAAUAAGAACGUGGUGGUGAGAGAGUACCUCGACCGUAUGAAGAACGGCUGCAUUGUCUGCAACAUGGGACACUCCAACACUGAGAUUGAUGUGGCGAGCCUGCGGACCCCCGAGCUGACCUGGGAGAGAGUGCGCUCUCAGGUGGACCACGUCAUCUGGCCUGACGGCAAGAGGAUAGUCCUGCUGGCUGAGGGUCGUCUGCUGAACCUCAGCUGUUCCACUGUGCCCACUUUCGUGCUCUCCAUCACCGCCACUACCCAGGCGCUGGCUCUGAUAGAGCUGUACAAUGCCCCAGAGGGACGCUACAAACAGGAUGUUUACCUGCUGCCCAAGAAGAUGGAUGAGUACGUGGCCAGCCUACAUCUCCCUACGUUCGACGCACAUCUCACAGAGCUGACUGACGAGCAGGCCAAGUAUCUGGGCUUGAACAAGAACGGGCCCUUCAAGCCAAACUACUAUAGGUAUUAAAUGAGUGUUGGGGUCGGACAGAAGAAAUACCAAUACUCCAUGAAUCGCACAGACUCAUAGAGGAGAAGAGAAGGAGGAGGAGGAGGACUGAAGGAAGGAAGGAAGGACGGACAGAAUAGUCAACACACCUGCUUUAUAAAUGGG